GAGGUUUUUCACUGCAAUCUUUUUGUUGAAGCAGCCCUAUAUAUCUCAAGUUUGAAUAUCCAUUCACGUUUCUAACCAGUUAAAGCAGAAGCAAAACCAAAAAAUUAAUCUCUUGAAAUGGCUUCGAGUUUAUCAUUCCCUUUAACCCUACUGGUAAUCUCAAUGCUGUGUAUACACGCAGUGGAGUGUGUGGAGUUGGAUGUUGGAGGAGACAACGGGUGGGCCACUCCUUCAUCAAAGAAUCAACUCUUCUACAACGACUGGGCUUCCAAGAAUAGAUUCAACGUCAACGACACCCUCAGGUUCGCUUACAAGAAGGACUCGGUGAUGGUGGUGACGGAGGAGGAAUACGAGAAAUGCCGGUCGUCGCACCCCGUGUUCUUCGCCAACAACGGCGACACCGCCUUCGUGCUCGAGCGGCCGGGGCUCUUCUACUUCAUCAGCGGCGUCGCCACCCACUGCCAGAGGGGCCUAAAGAUGAUCGUCAAGGUCUUGGAGCCGGAGUCUCCGCCGCAGACCGCCGCCCCAGCCGAGAAAAGCGCAGCCGUCUCCGCCGUGUUUGCUGCUGCUGAAUUUGUAUUCUUGGCUGCCGCUUCGCUUCUUGGAGUUGUCUUUAUGUGAUUUGCAGAAUUUUCUGUUGAGAUUUCCUUGUUUUUUGAUUUUCUUUUUUUUCUCUUUCGGUUUGAUGAUUUCAGGUAGAAUUUGAAUUACGUUAUUAUUAGGGUAAGUGAAGACCUUAUUCCUUUUCUAGAUUCUGACAUUAAUUAAUUAGGGUUUGUGGGUUGUUAUUGGCUAAUCUGACUAGCUAUUGCUAGUUCUUGAGAUGGGAUUUGAUGUUGUUAAUCAUUUAAUAUUUUCUCUAA